AUGGCCCAGAACAGGGUGCUAACGCAUACACAUUCUUCUAGCACGCCCAAGGAGCAGCAUCCCGAAGCCAUGAACGCCCUCAGCACUGUCGUCGUCCUUUCCGCCAUCGUAGCCUGUGCCUCUGCCGGGGGACUCCUCGGUGGCUACGGCCUUGGCUACGGCGGAGGCUACGGCGGAGGCUACGGUGGAGGCUACGGUGGAGGCUACGGCGGAGGCUAUGGCGGAGGCUACGGCGUCGGGGGUGCAGGCCUUGGAGGCGUAGGCGUCGGCAGCAGCGUCGCUCUACUUAGCGGAGGACCUCCAUUUGCCAAGGCCGUGGCCGGACCAGCUUUCGUGGUAAGGACGGUUCACCACGUCAAGAAAGUCAGCGGCGGAGGAGCCCUUCUCGCUCACUCUGGCCUCGGCGGUGGAUACGGAGGCGGCUACGGAUAUGGCGGAGGCUACGGAUACGGAGGCGGCUAUGGAUAUGGCGGCGGCUACGGAGGCGGCUACGGCUAUGGUGGUGGCUACGGUUACAAGGACUGA